GUAUAUAUAUAGACGACAGCCUACGCUCAUUUCUUCAUCUUUCCCAGCAAACUCACCAACUUGGGCUCUUCUUCAUAUUCAAGACUGCCAUCUGUAGUUUGUUCCGAGUUCUAGGCUUUUUAGUCUCCUGGGAGGAUUUGGUUUCUUUUUUCCCUUAUGUGUUCAGUACUUCAGUUAGGGCUUUCAUUUUAUUGAUUUACCCAAAAAAAAAAAAAAAAAAAACAAAUUCCGCCAGUCAUUAAUUUUUCUUUGUUGAAUUCUUUCCAUCAUGACCUAGAAAGUAGAAACAGUUUCCAUUGUUUUUCCAUCAUGUUUACCGUCCUCCUUUUCCUCAUUCUCCUUGUUUCUCUUCUUCUUCAGUUUCUUAAUUAUCUUCUACCACCACCUGCCCAAUCUCCAGCAGAUUCCCCGAACAUCCAAACACCUGCAUCUCCUUCAAACCCUAAGUCAGAACAUAAGGAAGUUCCAGCGGAUUCCACAAACAUCCAAAUACCUGCAUCUCCUUCGAACCCUAAAUCAGAACAUGAUGAAGUUCCAGCGGCUUCCACAAACAUCCAAAUACUUGCAUCUCCUUCAAACCCUAAAUCAGAACAUGAGGAAGUUCCAGCGGAUUCCCCGAACAUCCAAAUACCUGCAUCUCCUUCAACCCCUAAAUUAGAACAUGAGGAAGUUCCAGCAGAUUCCACAAACACCCAAACAGUGCUUUCAUCUCUUUCAGCCCCAAUGGAACAUGAGAAAGUUCCUCCAGCAGCUUCCUCUUCUUCGGGCUCAACAUUGGAGCAUGAUGUUGUAUCCCAUGAUGUCUUCCUCAGUUUUAGAGGUGAAGACACCCGCUAUGCUUUUACUGACCAUUUAUAUCAUGCUAUGAGGCGGCAAGGAAUUAAUGCAUUCAGAGAUACAGAAAAACUCGAGAGGGGACAUUCAAUUUCACCCGAUCUCUUGAAAGCAAUAAAAGAAUCCCGAAUUGCAGUCAUCAUUCUUUCAGCUAACUAUGCUACUUCAACAUGGUGUUUGGAGGAGCUUGCACAGAUUAUUGAAUGCAAAGAGUCGACGGGGUUGAAAGUUUUACCAGUUUUCUAUCACGUCGAACCAUCAGAAGUAAGGAAGCAAACAGGAAAUUUUCACCAGGCGUUUUGCAAGCAUGAAGAAACUUUCGAAGACAACCCGGAGAAGGUGAAGAAGUGGAGAGAAGCUUUAAAACAAGUAGCCAAUCUCUCCGGAUGGACUUUGAAAGAAAGAGGAGAAUCUGAAGUUAUUCAGACAAUAACUACAGAGAUAUUGAACACGUUGAAUAACAUGUGCUCAAGUGAUAACAAUGAUUUAAUUGGAAUGGAUGCUCGUAUAGAGAAACUAAUGUCUUACUUGGAUCUGGGGUCGAAUGAUGUUCGCCCCGUAGGGAUUGCCGGGAUGGGCGGCAUCGGAAAAUCGACUCUGGCAAAGGCAGUUUUUGAAAAGAUCCGUCACCAAUUUGAAUCUAGCUGCUUUAUUAAUAUUGCUGACGUUAGAGGGAAAUCCCUAGUUAAAUUGCAGAAACUUCUCUGUCAAAAUUUGCAGCUGGACAACCAUGAAAGUAUACAGAAUGAUUCUAUGGGGAUCAAUUUAUUAAGGAAACGAUUAAGUCAUAAAAGGGUGCUUAUCAUUCUAGAUGAUGUUGAUCAUACUAGUCAACUAGAAGCUCUCGUUGCCAAAGAAGACAAAGGAAAAAAGCCUUGUUUGGGUCCAGGGAGCAGAGUCAUUAUAACAACUAGAGAUACACACAAGCUGAAGGAAUUUGGAUUACUGGAAGAUGCUAUAUAUGAGGCUGAGAAGUUGACUGACAAGGAAGCUCUUCAGCUUUUAUGUCAGAAAGCUUUCAAGGAAAACCACGCUCCAGAUGAAUAUAGGGAACUGUCCAAUAGUUUUGUAAAAUAUUGCAGUGGCCUUCCUUUAGCUCUCAAAGUUCUGGGUUCUCACUUGUGUACGAGAACGGUUGAUGAAUGGUCAGCAGAAUUGGCUAGACUUGAUGAAGAUCCCCACAAAGAUAUUUUUUCUAUUCUUCAAUUAAGUUUUGAUGGAUUGAAGAAUACAGAGAAAGAUAUCUUUUUGGACAUAGCAUGUUUCUUCAGAGGCGAGAGUCAAUAUCGUGUAAGAAAGAUUUUAGAGAGCUGUGACUUUCAUCCUGGUGUCGGAAUAUCUGUCCUCGUUGAAAAACAUUUAAUUAAUGUUGAGGAAGAUAAACUGUGGAUGCAUGAUUUGCUACAGCAAAUGGGUUGGCACAUUGUUCGGCAAGAAUCUCCUGAGCCGGGAAAACGAAGCAGGUUGUGGCUUAAUGAGAAUUCCCAUGAGUAUCAACACAGCCGCCCGUGGUUUGAUGAAGAUACUCGUGAUGUAGUCACCGAGAAUCUGGGAAUAUAUGCUGUCCAAGGGGUAUAUUUGAGCGUGCUGGAAAAAGAAAAGAUACAAUUGAAAGCUGACCCCUUCUUAAAUAUGCGCAAGCUAAGAUUGUUGAAGAUUUGUAAUGUCAACUUGGUGGAUGUGCGAUUUGAAUAUCUGUCUAACAAGUUACGACUUUUGGAAUGGCAUGAAUGUCCUCUAGAAUCUCUGCCAUCCAGUUUUCGACCAGAUAAACUCGUCGAAUUGAAACUGCCCAACAGCCGCAUUGAAACACUGUGGAAUCAAAGACUCUGUCUGGAGAAGCUAAUACUGAUGGAUCUUUCCUACUGCCAAUACUUGGUCAAGACCCCGGACUUCAGUAAUUUCCCAAAUCUUGUAGAGUUGACUUUUGAAGGUUGUAGAAAAUUAUCAGAUGUUCACCCAACACUUUGGAGACUCAAAAAUUUGAUGAUAGCAAAUUUGAAAGAUUGCACGAGUCUAGAGAGGCUUCCCAAUUCCAUCAGCUUGCAAUCUCUUGCAAUUCUUGUUCUUUCAGGAUGUUCAAAACUAGAUGAGUUUCCGGAGAUAGUGGGAAACAGGGAAACUCUGGCAGCACUCUAUUUAGAUGGAACAGCUAUAAGAGAGCUGCCGACAACAAUCGGGUGCUUGAGUGGCCUAAUUAGGUUAAAUCUAUGUGCCUGCAAGAACCUUGUGGGUCUUCCAAGCUUCAUUUGCAGUUUGAAGUCUCUGAGAUAUCUGCGUCUGUCAUAUUCCUCACGCAUUGACCAACUUCCAGAAGACAUAGGGAGCUUGGAAAAUUUGGAGAAGCUUGAUGCUUGUUAUACUGCUAUAAGAAAAGUGCCUUCGUCCAUUGUACUUCUGAAGAAUCUGAAAUUAUUAUGUUUCCAUGGAUGUAGGCAGGUGCCCGGGGAAUGCUCUGAUGCAUCCUUGGGUUUGCAAUUGCCUAAGUCGUUCGCCGGUUUGAGCUCAUUGGAAACACUAUCUUUAGGUCAAUGCGAUCUUGCUGAAGGAGCGAUCCCUGAUGACAUUGGCUGCUUAUCCUCACUGAAAGUUUUAAGGUUGGAUGAAAACAAUUUUGUGAGUCUACCUGAAAGCAUCUCUCAACUUCCUAACCUUAGAGAAAUUCACAUCCCAAAUUGUAGCAAGCUUCAGUCUUUGCCAAAACGUCUUCCAAAGGAUGUUAAUGUUGAGGCUAGUGGAUGUCCCCUGCAGACAAACUAUCCAAACCAGCUUAACAUAUGGCUUUCUGAGGAGGGGAUCCGUUACAUAAAUUGUGGAAAUUCAAAGCAUGCAAGCUGUCCACUUCCAAUUCCCGAAGAACAAAUUGAAGAAUACUUACCCAAGUACCUUGAGGAUGAAAUUAUUCUUCAGCAGCACCUGCAGCUUCGUUACUUUCAUACAGAAAUUCCUGAUUGGUGUCGUCACAAGAGUAGUGGGUCUUCUGUAGUAGCCAUGCAAGUCUCUGAUCCUGAAAUUAUUAAGAGCUUGGGAGUAGCCCUGUUUGUUGUUUUUGAAAUCUUUGAGAGUGGUCACAAUUUUGAUAAGAGUUGGGAGUUGCAACAGACCCUUUGUACUUUUAAAGAUGACCAAGGACUUGAACUUAUCUAUAUCUUUAAAGAAUUUGAAAAAUUCCUGGCUGGAACACAUGUAUUAUUUUGCUAUGAGCCGCUAAAGUACUUUCACGUUGCUGGAAUGUUGAAUAAAGCAAGUCGACUUGAGGCUUCAGUUUCAACACAGAGACCAGAUCUGGCGAUUAAGUCUUGUGGGAUGCAACUGAUCUUUCAGGAAGAAGCUAAAGAGUUUGCUAAAAAAUUAAGUGAGGCUUGUAAUCCUCAGACGGAUUUCGAAUUUGGUAGACAUUGUAAGGAAUUGAUAAAGGCCAAGGGAAAGAAAAGCUCCGGUAAUAUAAUGGCACCAAAUGAAGCAGAAAAGAUUAGCUGGAAAUUUGAUUUUAACAUGCACCAGGGAGAACAUCUACAGUUGUUGCUUUCAAAAGUCUAUGAGGAUUUCAAUCGGGACAUCAUAUAUAAUGCAACUUACCCUCAUUGCGCUAAACUUCUGGAGUGGUUCGGUGAUCAUCAUCUCAGUAGGGGACCUUCAGUGAAAAUCCCGUUACCACCAUCUCUAUCUACUGAUGGGAAUUGGAUAGGAUUGGCUCUAUGUGCACGUUUUUCAGACCACGAGAAUCAAACUACCUCCAUAGACAAAGUGAAUCCAGAAAUUGCUGAGCUUGUUUGUCAUUUGGAAACUGAGAACAGUGGUUUCGAACAUCUUCACCACUAUCGACCAACCAAUGAAGAACUCAAGCGGUUAUGUCCUACAGAAUACAUUUGGCUAUCUUAUAUACCACGUCAGGGGUAUCUAGAUCAGUUAAAUGAGUGUGACCUCUUGGAGGCUUCAUUUGCCAGCGAAAGCCGAGGAUUAUUUGCUGAAGAAUGUGGUCUCCGUCUUGUCUACCAGCAUGAUGAGCAAGAGUUUAAGAAUCUGUGUACCUUCAUGAACUCGUUUCUGGACAAAAGAUCUGAAAGGUUGGAAGAAUAUGAGGCUCCCAAGAAGGGUAAACACGUUGUAGAAUCUGAUUUCAACAUGCACCCGAGAGAAGAUCUACAGUUGCUGCUUUCAGUGCUCUAUAAGGGGUAUCUAGAUCAGUUAAAUGAGUGUGACCUCUUGGAGGCUUCAUUUGCUAGCGAAAGCCGAGGGUUGUUUGCUGAAGUGUGUGUUCUCCGUCUUGUCUACCAGCAUGAUGAGCAAGAGUUUAAGGAUCUGUGUAUCUCCAUGAACUCGUUGCUGGACAAAAGAUCAGGAAAGUUGGAAGAACAAGAGGCUCCCAAGAAGGGUAAACAAGUUCUAGAAUCUGACUUCAACAUGCACCCGAGAGAAGUUCUACAGUCGUUGCUUUCAGUACUCUAUGAGGGACCAUAUGGACGUGAAAAGGACUUUGGCCUUUUUUUUCCUCAUAAGGUAGUUCCUUUCUGGUUUUUCCAUCACUAUGCAGGGGACGUGGCACUGUGCGACUUUCCUCUGGACUUAUCUGUUGAUCAGAGAUGGGUCGGUUUAGAACUAUUUGUUAUGGUUUCGAGUGGUUACACUAUCAAUGUUGAAUCCUUUCUUGAUGUUGAUUUGUGUUCCAAUGAAAUUAGCACAGUAAGCACAUCCGUAAUGAUAAACAUUUGUCUGGGGUCAGAUCAACUUGUUGUAAUCCAUAUACCACGAGUGCGUUUUCCGGAGCAGUUGAAUCAAUGUCACGGUAUCAGCGCAUUGUUUAGAACCACCACUCCAGAUAUGAGGGUUCGAAUGUGUGGAAGCCGUUUACUAUACGAGCAAGAUUUGGAAGACUUGAUCCGUGCAAUAACUGUGUGCACAUUAGACAGUCAAGAUGUCAUUGAUUCACUUUGUCAGCACAUCCAACAAUUACUUGGAAGUAACUUGCUGGAGGAACCUUCUGAUCAUGUAGUAGCAGUUGAAACCGUUGAGCAGAAUUCAGUGGAAGGAGAAACUGAGGUUGGUCGCAGAAAUGAUCAUUCCUCCACUGAAAGGGAGGACUUGAUUCAGGAACGGAGAGAGAAAGUCUUCACUUCAAUAUUGCACAACUACAGAUCUUAUCUCCAACAAAAGCAUGGUUGUAUAGAGUCGGAAAGAAUUAUAUCCCAUUCUGAAGGCUAUCUUUUGGACGAUGGAGAUCCAAAGCCGGUGUUUGCCACGCAUCAUUUACAUGUAAUGGUUGAGACUCGACUCUAUGGGAGCCUUAGCUCAGAAGAUUGGAAACAAUCUCUCGAGUCAUUGCUUCAGUAUUUCAAGGGGGCCACUCUCAGUGUCAAAGGACAAAUGAUUGCUGUUUUAAAUCCGUUCACUCCUUCCUCAGUAAACAACUUUUGUUUCCCUCGAAAGGAACUUCCAGGAUGGUUCACGCAACAGACGAGAAUGCCCAGGAUUGGAUUGAUCAUAGACCCACUUGUAUGUGAUAAUGAGAAUUGGAUGGGAUUUGCUGUGUGCGCUACUUUUUCAGUCCACGAGCAUCCAAGUGCUGUCCUUGACAACCUGGCCACAAGGACUUUCAACGUUAUGUGUCAUUUGGCAGCAUCGGAUGGACGAUGUUUGAGUCCUGCCCCGGUGUUUACCAUAACAAAAGAGAAAUUCAAGUGGCUACAUCUUCGUGGAUUUAUGUGGCUAACCUACAUACCUCGUACUUAUCUUGCGGAGUUCAGAGAAGUACGUGAUGCAGAAGCUAGAAUUUAUAAUGAUUGCCCAGGAUUGAUGAUGACAAGGUGGAGUAUCCGUUCCUUAUUCAAGCAAGAUGUGAAGGAAUUUAAUAAAGCAAUAGUCCAGUGCUGGACUUCGUUCUUCGACAAUUUGGAUCUCAUCCGUCAGUUUGUCGAGGCAGAUGAAAAUGAACAGUCACAUUAUUCUGAUAGAGGGGAAACCAGUACCAGUAAAAUCUUGACGCCCAAAAGACAUGUGAAGGAUUUCAAUCGGGACUUCAAAUAUAAUGCAACUUACCCUCAUUGCGCUAAACUGUUGGAGUGGUUCGGUGAUCACACAAGGGGCCCUUCAGUGAAAAUCCCGUUACCACCAUCUCUAUCUAGUGAUGGGAAUUGGAUAGGAUUAGCUCUAUAUGCACGUUUUUCAGACCUCGAGAAUCAAACUACCUCCAAAGACAAAGUGAAUCCAGAAAUUGUUGAGCUUGUUUGUCAUUUGGAAACUGAGAACGGUAGUUUUAAACAUCUUCACCACUAUCAACCAACCUAUGAAGAAUUCAAGCGGUUAUGUCCUACAGAAUUCAUUUGGCUAUCUUACAUACCACGUCAGGGGUAUCUAGAUCAGUUAAAUGAGUGUGACCUCUUGGAGGCUUCAUUUGCUAGCGAAAGCCGAGGGUUGUUUGCUGAAGUGUGUGUUCUCCGUCUUGUCUACCAGCAUAAUGAGCAAGAGUUUAAGGAUCUGUGUAUCUCCAUGAACUCGUUGCUGGACAAAAGAUCAGGAAAGUUGGAAGAACAAGAGGCUCCCAAGAAGGGUAAACAAGUUCUGGAACACCCUGAACCUGAGAUUGUAUGGGGAUCUAAUGCAGAGUGGAAUCUGGAGAUCUGCGACGACCCAAAAACGAGACGUCGGUGAAGCCUCUUUCAAAAAAUUUCAGAUUUGGAAUGUUUUAUUUCUUUGUUAAGUUUUUGUUUGUGUGUGUGUCAUUUGAAGUGAUACCAAUAAAAGUCGAUCAUGCUUUCUGUUUAUGGUCGCUGCAAGAUGGCAUGUUGCUGCAUUUCUAGUUAUUGGAAAAGGUUUCGGUCUA